UGUACUAUCAGAACUACGAGGAGUGUGUGAAACUUGUUUUGUUAAUCCUUGGUGCGAUUUACUAUAGCACAUAGUGCGCAAUAAAUUGAGUGCGGGUUUCUCCUACUCGCUAAACAGAAGAUAAGAGUCAAAUUUUAUAAACACAAGAGCAUUUUUUGCAGGUGCGAGUACAGCUGCGUUCAUGUGCGACCCGGGCAGCUUGGACAGCUUGGAGUGCGUUUCGCCACCAUGCUACAUGAGCUGGGCGAUGGAGCCAGCGAACUUCUACGACAAUAAGCUAAGCGGCGCAACUGGGGAUAGUAAAUGUCCCGAGGACAGCAACAAGAGCAAUGUGGUCGAGCUGAGCAACGCUCCCGCCAUCUACGACGAUGAGAGUGCCAUCGACUUCAGUGUGUACAUAGACUCCAUGUCCUCUGCACCCAACUUCGAGCUGUGCAACGACGAACUGUUUGCCGACCUGUUCAACAACACUGUAAAGCAAGAAAAAUCGGACAUUUACCAGGCGAAAUCCACUGCCAGUCACCUGCAGUUGUCAUCCAACGGUGAUGUUGGGAAAGCAAACUUUUCCGAGCCCAUUAAACAAGAAGCCGAGUGGAGUGACAGUGACGCGCCCUCGUCUUUACCUUCGCAGAUUGAGACGUGCGCGCAGACCUCUGUGAGCAUACACACGUGUCAGCCUACACCUCCGAGUACACCAGAGCCGCAGCCCACCACCCAGCUAUCACCGCGAAGAACACACAAGGAUAAAAGUAAGAAAUCAGUGGACAGGUUCAGUCCGGAAUAUCGGCAACGGCGCGAACGGAAUAACAUCGCUGUGCGAAAGAGCAGGGAUAAAGCGAAGCAACGCAACUUGGAAAUGCAACAGAAACUGAUCGAACUUAGCGCCGAAAACGAGCGCCUGCACAAGACAAUUGAUCAGCUCACGCGCGAGCUUACCAGCCUCAGAAACGUGUUCAAACAGCUUCCCGAUUCCACCACGUACAACAGGCGGGAGACUGAAACUAGUCGGUGACCUUUUUCUUAAUAAAACCCUGGAAAACAACUUUACCUCAAAAGACUCUCAUUCUCUUUGCAGCAGAUUUCGUAUUACGGGACUAUUAAAAUUAAACUACGGUUAAUGCUCGCUGCCUUGAUUUGUGAAUAUUUUGCAGAUGUUUUGUACUCUAAAUUAUUACAGAAUCAUAAUGGUACAUGUUUUAUAAUGAUGCACCGUAUUAAUACCAGAGCAUGUUUAAAUAUUUUACAAAUCAUGUAAAAUCUAGAACAUUGCAUAAAUAAAUAAAUAAAGCAACAUUACAUCUCUGA